AUGGCAUCGGGCAAGAAAGACGACCACGCGAGCAGACUCGACACCACCGUGCACGGCAUGACGGACACCAAGCAAGAGCCAUCGCCGGCGAGACAUGAGGUCGUCGCAGUCGCUGAAGGGUCAUCGGGCACGAGAGAUGGCGAUGUCCCUGAGGCCGAAUGUGAGGAGGUGCCAAUGACUCGGCUCUGCCUCAUCACCUUCGCGCUUAGUCUGGCGGGCCUGCUCACGGCCCUGGAUGCGACCAUGCUAGCAUCUGGUCCAGGUCCCGCGCUCCCCGCCAUCACGUCAGAUUUCCAGGCGCUCGAUCAUAUUGGCUGGUACACGAGCGUCUUCCUGCUUGCGCAGAUGCCGUUCCAGCUCGCCUUCGGCCGGCUCAUCACGUUCUACGAGCCUAAGCUGUUCAACAUGGUGGCCCUCGCAGGCUUCGAAGUGGGCACCGUCUUGUGCGCCACCGCGCCGAGCUCGGCCGUCUUCAUCCUUGGCCGCGCUAUCUCGGGACUCGGCGCCGCUGGAAUGAUGGCCGGAGCCUUUGCCAUUAUCGGGCACAUCCCGAUACGCAGGCGGCCGCAGCUUAUAUCUCUCUUCUUCAUCGUGCAGUCGGUCGCCUACACCGCCGGACCAAGCAUGGCGGGAGCCUUGACAGACUCGUACCUGACUUGGCGGUUUAGCUUCUGGCUCCAGUUACCUCUGGGCUUUGUCGCCGUAACGACUCUCUUCUUUGUCCUGGAGCCCAAGCCGAGCCCCAAGGGUCAUCUCCCCAUGUGGACAAAAUUGAGCAGCUGUGACCUUGCCGGUACAGGCCUGCUUGUCUCAUGCCUUGCCCUCUUCUUCUUGGCCCUCGAGUGGGGAGGCGCGGCAAGAUCAUAUGCCGCACCCCAGGUAUGGGGUUGCCUGCUGGGGUCUGGGCUCUUGGCAGUAGCUUUUGUCAGUCUGCAGGUGGCGAAGAAGGACAGCGGCCUCGUGCCCUUACACCUGGCCCGUCAGCGCACCGUGGCUUGUUGUUGCAUCUUCUCAGCCCUGUAUGGUGCCGCCAACAUGAUUCAUUUCACCCUGCUUCCCACAUACCUCCAGACAGUCCACGAUAUCUCUGCGACUCUCUCGGGUGUGUACCAGCUGCCCAUCACCCUGUCCAACAUUACAAGCAUGGCUCUCGCCUCGACAGUCAUUACCAAGUACGGCCACUAUCUUCCUUUUCUCCGUGCCGGCCCUCUUAUCUAUCUGGUCGGGGCCGUGCUCUUCCAGCAGAUGCGUGUUACGAGCACGGCAGCGUGGUAUCUGAGUGCGGAGAUCUCCAUUGGCGCCGGCUUCGGUCUGGCCGUCCACUCCUCCCUGCUGGCUGUCCAAGUUGUCUGUACCGGCGACGACAUACCCGUAGCCGCCGUAAUGGAGGUCUUCUCACAGCAGCUGGGGCGCUCGGUCGGCAUCAGCAUCGCCCAGUCCGUCUUCGUGCAGGCUCUACAGGGGGGCCUGGCAGACAUUGCGGCCGCUUCCCCACCUAUAGCCAGCGAACAGGUCCUUGGCUUGGCGGGCCAGGGCCUGGAGGAAAUGGUUCGCACCAUGCAGGCGGUGGAGCCCGCCGUCAGGGCCGCCGUCAAACAGGCCCUCAACUCCGCCGUGGCAACGGCCUACAUUCUGCCGGUGGCUGCCACCGCGGGGGCAGCAGUAGUGGUUUGGGUCGUGGAGAACAGGACGAUUGAUGUCUCCAAGAAGGCGGCGGCCGAUGUCCCGGCGGACAGGGGUGGGGAGACGGCGUUGAUGCAGAAUGGCGGCAAGAAGGCUGCUCGUUCCGCAGAUCUGGCGGCUAGCGGCAACUCUCAAUAUAGAAGUGGGCCUGGGGACCGCGAUCUCGGUGGCCAGGGACCCCGGGAUGGUUGUAUCGCGGUGCCAGGGGACGCUAUGGACGCGUAG